UAACUGUCAGUUUUGUACUUUUGACAUGUAAAAACACUAGUGACCGUAAGCGCUGAUUAUAACCUAAAAUUUCAAAUUAUAAAAGACUACAUUUUAUUAAGUUGAAAUUACUCUAAGAAUGCAGUAUUUACGUCACUGUAAUAAAUUUACAAGUCGAGGGCUCUCCACACAAGUGGCUAAUGCAGACCUCAACAUCACAGAUUUUGUAAAUAGAAAUCCUAGAAACUUGGAACGAAUGAGGAUAGGCUAUAAACCAGACGGCUACCAUGUAGAAAAGCCAGGAAAAUGUUUCUGGCACAAAUUGAAUUUGUCACAAAGUGGUCGUUAUGUAUAUGCAACCAUUGAACACUUCGAAAAUGGUACAGUAUUACAAGCUAGUACAAAAGAGUGGGCGUUAAAAAAACAGUUAUACAAGUGCAUUGAUUCCUCAGCAUAUUAUAAUUUAGGAAGAGUAUUAGCUGAACGUUGCCUAAAGUCAGGUUUAAUUGAAGUCUACUCUAACAUAACACCUCCAAAACCUGAUGGGAAAGUCGCCAAGUUUCUGGAAGCGUUACAAAAAGGGGGCGUUAAUUUGCAAGAACCGCCUCAGUUUAAGCCUCCACGACCGUGGGAUCAAUACAGACAUGAAAAACCAUGGGAAGUUACUGAAUAACUACUUUAUUUAAAUAAAUAUUAACAUAGAUUACUGUUCA